AUGAAAGAAUCAAUUGCCGUCUGGAUCCCAAUCGAUACCAAUGUCAACGCUGACGACUAUCAAAUUCCAACCAUCGAGAAUCAAAAGGAUGCAUUGAUGGGAUUGGUUGCACCAGCCGAGGAUGACGAGGAUUUGGCCAAUAACAAUGACGAGUCCGACGAUGACAACUACUAUGGAAGAAGAGGAGCAAAACAAGAGGUAGAUCCAAUGGAGAAACUCAUCUCAAGAAGAUUCAAAGAGUUUGUUGCACCAUGGAUUGACAUUAUGAGUUUUUCACACAAUGUCGCCUCUGAGGCUGGAAAGAGAGGUGCUCCACACGUUGGUGAAUUGACAUGCACCAAAUUCACUUGUGACCGUUCACCAACUUUCAACUAUAUGACAAUGCGUGGUGAAAUCAUUCCACACGUUGUCUUCCGUGCCAUUGGAAAGACAUCGAAUCGUGUCUUACCAAUCAUCGAGUAUGAGAUGCAUCAUGUUCAGAUCACCAAUGUAUCGAUCAGUGGUGGUUCAGGUGGAAAGCCAGUCGAAACCAUGUCAUUGAAUGCAAAGAUUAUGAUCAUCAAGAAUAUUAGAUUGAAUUUGGAAACCGGUGAAUUUGAAACCUACCAAGUUGCCAAGUGGGAUCAAUUGAAAGGAACCGGUUCAAAGACACUCUAUUCCAACAAAUCUGGUGCCAAAGGAACCAGCAAGACACUUUUGGAGAUUGCCAAGAAGAGUUUGAUGGUCGAUUUGGAUUCACACGAUCCAUCAACAGUUGCACUCCUCAAGGAAAUGGGAAUCGUCACCGAAUAUGAAUUACCACAAGACAGUGCAGUCGAGUACGAAGAUCGAUCUUUCCAACUCAUCUCUAAAGUUUUAUCUCACAAAGAACCAGAACUCUAUCAAAUCUUCAAAACACCAAAACCACAAACCAUUGAAAACUACAAGAAGACCAUUGCCGAGACUCUCUCAAUUCCAGUCGAUACCAUCAAAAAUUUGUAUAGUGCAGGUACUGGUAUUUUAAUCAACGAAGAAAAGUUUUUGAAACCAGUAACUUCCUUUAUUGUACAGAAAUCAGAUGGAAAGUUUGUUGGAUACAACUAA